AUGCUGAUAGCCCUCACUCUGUUCGCUUUUGCAGUGGUUCUCGCUAACGGAGGAGAAAAUGUGGAUUCAUCAAAGCUGACAGGUCAUGCUCUCGCUGAUUAUCUCAGAAAGCACCAAACAUUCUUCAAGGUCAAAGAAUCGCCAGAGACCGCAAUGCGUAUGAAGUUUCUGAUGGAUAAGAAAUUUGCGACUGUUCCCGAUAGCAAAUACCGGAAAGAGGUUAAGGUUGAUGAAGAACCACCUGAGAAUUUUGUUAGUGACGUUGACGAGAUCCUUGAGCCGUAUCCAGCUGAGCUCUCAGCUGGUCCAUCCGGUUGGCGAACACGUCACGCCAUCUCGUUGGCGGUGUGCGAAGACUAG